CUAGACUUUUUUUGCUCGCUUUUAUGUUCUUCUUCCCUCCACAACUGCUUUUUAUUUCACCGGAAGCCCACUCGUUCACCCGGAUGUACUCAAGCUACAGACGUUAGUAGAGGGCUGAACAUCAAUGGGGGUCACUUGUGUGUGCCAGGUGCCGGUGACGGAGGGGAAGAGCGUGCAGCAGACGGUGGACAUCCUGCACAGAAAGCUGGAACAGCUGGGUGCUGUGAAGCAGGGCAGCUUCUGCGUGGACUGCGAGACGUACACGGCCACAGGAAAUGCCAGCGGUCAGCCCUCCAAGCUGCUAUACGUGAUGCACAACUCUGAGACACCCCUGAGCUGCCUGGCCAUGUUUGAAGGAGGACCUUUCCUGAUAGCAGACGCCAACUUUGAUGUCCUCAUGGUGAAGCUGAAAAGCCACUUCCAGAAUGCGAAAGGACACAAAGUGGAGUGCCGUGGCUCAAGAUAUCGCUACUGCGACUUUUUAAUAAAGGUCGGCACCGUGACAAUGAGCUCCAGCGCCAGAGGGAUUUCCGUGGAGGUGGAGUACUGUCCCUGUGUGGUUCCAGGGGACUGCUGGAAUCUCAUUAAGGAGUUCAUGCAGUCCUUCCUUGGUACUAACGUACCUGAACUUCCUUCAGUGUUUGCGGCCAAACCUGAGGGGCUUUUCGCGCCAGCGGACUGCGUUGACACGAUGACUCAGUAUCAAGAGCUGUUCAACAAACUUCGUAAACUCCAAAUCCAAGGAAGUAAUGUGCGCUGAGCCUGCAGUGGAGACCUCUUUGUGUUGUUUGUCUGUUUUGAUGUUGUGUUCAUUGUGGUCCUAUGGAUCAGAGAAACACCCAGGAAUUUUUUAAAGCCUGGUCACUGCUUUUUUUUUUUUGUAAUUUGUUUUUUCUUACCCAUUUAGAUUUUUGGGAUGUUAUUUGUGCAUUUAUUUUCCCUGACUGAUGAAAUGUAAAGAGUUUUGUAGUAAAACCAUGUGGAGGAAAGAAGACAGAAUCUCUAUUUCUAUCAAGGCCAAUUUCUAAUCAUUCACAGACUGUCCUCAUGAACUCCAUAAAUAAAAGACGAUGCCGAAGUAGCUUCACUGCCAUCAGCCGCUGGCUCAUAACAUAUUAACGAAAUGUCUGCUUCCCUCUCGCAAUUCAAAAUCAGAAGUCAUUAUAAUUCCAUUAAUCCAAAGCACCAGUCAGUCAGACUUAGAAGAAAUCAGCCUUUUUUAUCUUCUUUUUGAGCAAACAUAAUAUUUCAUGAUCAUUUACUUUUCAACAGUCUGAACCUUCUAAACCUUCCAGUCAUUUAUAUAUGUAUGUCAGGCAUAGUUUUCCAAGUAUCCCGAGGUACAUUCCAGCACUCUUUCGAGAGAGCUCAAAGACUUUAGUUCUGAGAAUUUGACUGUUUUAUCCUAAAUGAGAAACAAAUAAUUACCUAUUAAACAGAACAUUUAUUUAGUGAAAUGAGGGUGUCAUAUGUGGUUACCUGCUAAACAACGUGAUCCUAUAAGCUUCCUGGCAUGAAGGAGAAAUGAAAAUGUGUAGAGUUCUUGAUUUCUAUUUUUCAUUUACACCCGUACAGAAAACUAAAUUGCAACAUCUAAUUUCAGGCUCUUUUUAUUCAAUUCCAGCUAUAAUUGUAUUAAGUAUUAAUAUUAUAAGUAUUUAACUACAAAAAUAUAUCACUUAACCCAAAAACCUCUGCAAAGCAAGAAAACUAACAAAUUACCCUAAUAAAAAAAGGCCAAUGGCAAAACUGCAGAAAUACAGUGUAUUUUACAACAUG